AUGGACAGCGAAACCCAGAACUCCGGGGAUCUGGGGUGGAACGGAAAGCGAAAACCUGGAACUCCGGGGAUCCAGGGUGAAAUGAACAGCGAAACCCAGAACUCUAGGGAUCCAGGGUUCCGAGGUGGAACAGAAAGCAAAAACUCGGAACUCUGGGGAUCCGGGGUUCUGGGACUAAAUUGUGACCUUACAGGCCUAGCCCGUACUAGGCAUUGUAGAAUUCUUACAACUUUGAGUCCUAAUCCAGUUCAUUGGAGGGCAGAAAAAGGAGAGGGUAUGAGUCAACACAAUCUUCCUGCACAUCAACUGGUCGAUUUUGACUGGAAACUUAAGUAUGCAGUUUCAAGUAGUUCCCUGGCUACCAUGACAAAACCUCUCCUUCGAUUGGAAUUGUGCAUCUCAAAUGCUCCCCAGGUUAUAAACGAACCAAACUCCAUUCCAGAUCAUCAACCUGCAGUAGAGAACCCAUUGGUUCUUGUAAGCGAGUACAACAAAGUUCAGCUUGACAAUUUAAUAUCCGAAAUGGAGGAAAUAGAAAAAGCACUUGAUGAAUCCCCGGCUAAGUGAUGGGGACUAACUGCAGUUUUAGUUGAUGGGAUAACAGUUUGUCAUCAAUUCCGUUUUUAUUGGUGAAAUCAGAUCUCGCUUCAGGGCUUGGUUCCUGUUUCAACUAAAUGGGAAGGGAAGAUCACAUGAAAACUGUAUGUUAAGCACAUUAAGAAAUUCCACCAGUUUAAUUAUUGGCAAGCAUUUCAAGAAUUUGUAACUGUACCCCCAUUUAUUUAUUCUGUCAAAAAAUAAACUAAAAAAUUGGUGCAGGGGCACAAGCCUAAGAAUUCAUCAUUUCCUCUUUCAUUAUUUCAUGUUUUGGUUUCAAGGUGUUGUAAAGGAUCUGAGAAUCCUAUGUUCAUGUUUUUGUUUUGAAAAUGAAGUCCUAAUAGUCCAUUUUGUAAGACCUAGUGGCCUAGGGUGCUUUAUAAACCCCAUGGUCAACUAUGGUCAAAGGGACUUGGGAUGUGUAGAUUUAGUGAGUUAUGUGUAUUUUGGUCUAUUUAGGUCCAAGAUAAUAUGUUUAGGCUCCUAGGUCUAUGUUUGAAGUUAAUUUGUUGGCAAAUUGUAAAAUUGUCAAAAAUUGACAAAAUGUUGCCAACUUGGUGAACAACUUUUUGAAAAGUUGUUAAAAUCGGUUCCCAACGUUCACAACCACUUUGUUUCAGUUGGAACAUGUUGGGAUGGCUAUAUAAUGCCUCAACAAACUCAUUUGAAGUUGUUGUGGGUGGAUAUUUGUAAUUUGACAUUUUGAAGCAAUAAAAAAUACUACAUUUUCCUGCAAA